ACCUCUUCAUCAUUCCAUCCUCCCAGUUUCACCUCCACUCAGAAAGAGAGAGACAAUAGAAAGAAACAAAUUUCUAGAGAAAAAGGCUUACAGAAGUUUCUGCAAAGAGAGAUACAACCGUUACAUAUCUUAUUGGGCCGGAAAAAUGUCUGCUAAACAGACCCGAAAGUUUCCCUCGAUUACGGAAUGUAGAGGCUCAACUUACGGCUCAAUUGCUGCCGAUCUUGAUGGCACACUACUAGUUUCUAGAAGCUCCUUCCCUUACUUUAUGCUGGUGGCCAUGGAAGCCGGUAGUCUACUUCGCGGUCUCGUCCUUCUUCUCUCUCUCCCUAUCGUCAUUGUUGCUUACCUCUUCAUAUCAGAAGCUAUUGGUAUUCAAAUCCUCAUUUUCAUUUCAUUCGCUGGCCUCAAGAUCCGAGAUAUUGAACUAGCUUCUCGUGCUGUCUUGCCAAGGUUUUAUGCAGCUGAUGUGAGACAGGAGAGUUAUGAAGUUUUUGACAAGUGCAAGAGGAAGGUGGUGGUGACGGCGAAUCCAACUCUGAUGGUGGAGCCUUUUGUGAAGGAUUUCCUUGGUGGUGACAAGGUUUUGGGCACGGAGAUCGAAGUGAACCCGAAGACCAAGAGAGCCACCGGGUUUGUGAAGAAGCCCGGGGUUUUGGUUGGGAAAUGGAAGAGGUUAGCCAUUUUGAAGGAGUUUGGGGAGGAAGCCCCGGAUCUUGGAAUUGGUGACCGAGAGUCGGAUCAUGAUUUCAUGGCGAUUUGCAAGGAGGGCUUCAUGGUGCAUCCUAGGAAAUCAACAAAACCUGUAGCACUAGAUCGACUUAAAAGCCGAAUCAUCUUCCAUGAUGGUCGUUUAGUUCAGCGGCUGACCCCAUUGAAUGCUUUGAUCACCUAUAUUUGGCUGCCCUUUGGGUUUAUCCUCAGCAUCAUUCGUGUAUACUUUAAUCUUCCUCUUCCUGAGCGUAUCGUACGGUACACAUACGAAAUGCUUGGUAUCCAUCUCGUGAUUCGCGGAAAUCCACCUCCUGCACCAUCUUCUGGGUCCCCUGGCAACCUCUACGUGUGUAAUCACCGCACAGCCCUUGAUCCAAUCAUAAUUGCCAUUGCACUUGGACGCAAAGUUUCGUGUGUUACAUAUAGCGUGAGUCGCCUCUCAAGAUUUCUGUCACCGAUCCCAGCCAUUGCUUUGACACGUGAUCGCGCAGCUGACGCAGCUCGUAUAUCAGAACUUCUUCAAAAGGGUGAUCUAGUGGUUUGUCCAGAAGGGACUACUUGUCGUGAAAACUUCUUGCUGCGAUUCAGUGCUUUGUUCGCAGAAAUGAGCGAUAGAAUUGUACCAGUGGCAAUGAAUUGUAAGCAAAGUAUGUUUUAUGGGACGACCGUACGUGGGGUUAAAUUUUGGGACCCUUAUUUCUUUUUCAUGAAUCCUAGGCCCACAUAUGAGGUGACAUUCCUUGAUCGUUUGCCAGUAGAGAUGACGUGUAAGGCUGGAGGGAAAUCAUCAAUUGAGGUGGCGAAUUACGUGCAGAAGGUGUUGGGUGAUGUUCUGGGAUUAGAACGCACUUCAUUAACUAGGAAGGACAAGUAUUUGUUGCUGGGAGGGAAUGAUGGCAAGGUGGAGUCGAUGUACAACGCCAAAAAGUAAGAAGGUAUUGCGAACAAUUUAAUUGUCUUUUUCAAGUCAUUGUUGGAGGGACAAAUUAAUACAGUGAACUGGUUUUCCAAAUUGUUUUCAAAGGGUUUAUAAUGAUUUGUUUAAACUGUAGAAUUUUCGGGCUUUUAUGAUCUUGUAUUUCUUAAGUAUGUGGAAAUUUUCUUGUUACUUGGACAAAUUGAAGUAGCAGCAUUCGUUUGCACUACGAGAUUAACUAUACGGUUUUUAGAGUUCAGAACUCAGAAGUAAAAUAGGGGCAUGUAGUAUGUUACUUUAGGCAUAUGCAUGAUGCAGGAACUAAUAGUCUCAGCAACUAUUUUUAAUUUGGAAGACUUUUAUGUAUUUGGCAGUAUUUGAGUUUGGAAUCAGAAAGUUCUUAUUAUUGAUCACA